AUGGGGGCUGCUCUCUCCACUGGAGCGGUCGUGGCCAUCUCUUUUAACUCUGUCAUCGCAUUGCUUAUCCUCAUCCUCUUCUUCAUCCUCUGCAAGGCCUGCAGGACCCCCUCGUGCCCCAGGAAGAGUCCAGCUUCUGACAUAGAUGAAACAAGGAAUGAAGAGAAGUACUUGCUGCAGCCCUGA